AUGAUCAAGUCGAAGUAUUUGGGGCCGAGGUAUUGGAACCACCAUAUUGAACCCCCUCGGGAGCAUCCUGGAAAAGCCUCCAACUCAGUUAUCUGGGCAUCCAUAGUAGAAGGGGGAUCCAUAGGCCUUCACCUCCUCUCACAGAGAAUCGGCUUCCAUGACCUUCUUCUGCAACUUAGCCAAAUCCUUAUGAAGAGUAGGGUACUUCCACUCCAUAGUUUUGCAUUUCUCCUUCCAAGUGUCCCUUUCCUAGGAGGAAUUUCCAAGAAUCAAGACAUCUCAUCUGCCAGCAGCGACGAGGGAGAACAGAGAGGCAGCCAUGUAUAUGAUAUGGGUGACUAG